AUGACUACUGCUGUUGCUUUUCUUCGAUUGGGUCUUCGUUUUAUAAAAAUUGAUUACUUUUUCCUAAAUAGGUCUUUGUUUUAUCAAAUUAAAACCGACAUAAUUGGCGAUUUGAAGCUACUUAUCAUGGAUCUAGAAAUUGGGUCUCGUCAAAAUCAUAUAAGGAGUCCGCUUGAAUUCAUAGCAGUUUCUAAAGAAAGGGAGGAGGCUAUGAUUUAUUAUCCUUUGGAGAAGAAAUUUUACUUUGUUGAUGAUGAUGCUUUGUCGCCGGCACCACCAUCUCCUCCUCAAUUUGAUAAGGUGAAGGUUGAGCCAAAUUCAAUGGAAGAUGCUAAAUCGAAAGUUGAUGCUACCCCAAGAUCUGAUUCACAACCACCACCAGCAUCGGAGGUGGCACCUACAAAUGUUGCACCAUAA